GUCUGCUUUGGUCUCCAAAUUACAUGUUAACUUACCUUCUCACUGCUGACUGCAGCACAGGCUAGAUAGCCGAUACACGUGUUCCAUCAGAGUGAGCCCCGGUUUCCGGUCGCUGACCAAUGAGCAAGUUACUGCUGCAACCACGAUGCGCUCCGUGAAGUCAGCUGGAUUGUCUCUUCUUCUGUUGUCUUUUCUUCUGUUCAUAGCCGAUUCUUACCCCAACCUUGACCUAUCAAACGUGGGCUGUGAGGAGUGCGCACUAAGAAGGAACAUUCAUUUACCAGGGGACCAUUCAGUCUACCAGUGCAUGGGCUGCUGCUUCUCCAGAACGUUUCCAACACCUCUGAGGGCCAUGAAUACAAUGAAGAACCCAAAGAACUUCACCUCGGAGGCAACAUGCUGCGUCGCAAGGCACAGCUACGAGGUACAGAUAGAGUGGGCCGGCAUAAAGGUGAGAAACCAUACAGAGUGCCACUGCAACACCUGCUAUUAUCACAAGAUAUGAAGAUAAACCUGGAGACCAUUCUGCAGUGCUUAGUACUUAGCAACAAAUGAUGUUUCUUUUCAUUUGCACAAGCUCUUUAAAUGUAUGUCCAUGUGUUGCCAGAUAACGUUUUUGUAGCAAUUCUGUGUCUGUGUGAUAAGCCUAGAUUUGCAUUGAUGUAUGCAUGUAUAUGUUUUAAAGAUUUUAAAGCAAGUAAAAUGUGCA